AGGAAGAAGCGGAAACAGUCACUGCUAACGCUGUUCCGGCUAACCCGCUAGCAGCCCAUGUUGUUGUAAUUGAAUUCUGUCAACCAGUUAAAAUGAACAAACUGGAUAAAUCACAGGAGUUCGACUCGUACGAGAUCGAGGAGCCGAGUGACGAGGAGCGAGCUAGCAGCAGUUCGGAGGACGAGCUGGACGUGCUGCUCAACGGGACUCCGGACCAGAAGAAGAAGCUGAUCAGGGAGUAUCUGACGGGGGAGAGUGAGUCCUCCAGCGGGGAUGAGUUUGAGAAGGAGAUGGAGGCAGAGCUCAGCUCCACCAUCAAGACCAUGGAGGGAACUUGGGGACCAUCAAAAGCAGAAACCUCAGGAAGUGGAGGAGGAGGGGGUGGCGGUGGCACUGGCCUUCCUAAUCCUCGGAUGUACGAUAAUGUCUACUUCGACUCUGACUCGGAGGAAGAGGACACACCAGGCAGCUCCACAGGCCAGAGGCAGAGACAGCGGAUCAUACUGACCAAUGACGAGCUGCUGUACGACCCCGACGAGGACGACAGAGACCAGGCCUGGGUGGACGCCAGGAGGAGAGAGUAUUACAGCAGAAAGCGACCAGCGGCAUCGUUUCGAUCGCAGCCUCGUCGGUCCCAGGGUUUACCCAACAGCGACGCCGUUCUCAACUGUCCCGCCUGCAUGACGACGCUCUGUCUGGAUUGUCAGAGGCACGAAAAGUACCGGACGCAGUACCGAGCCAUGUUCGUCAUGAACUGCACGGUGAGGAGAGACGAGGUGUUACGCUACAAAACCCAGCAGGAGAGGAAACAGAGGACCAGGAAGAGGAGGAGGGGAGAGAAAACAGAAACACCAGCAAACGAGGCUCCUGACCCGAUGCCGGCCGGGAUGGACGCUGAUGAGGUUUACCACCCGGUGAAGUGCUCCGAGUGCUCCACCGAAGUGGCUGUCUUCGAUAAAGAUGAGGUGUACCACUUCUUCAACAUCCUGGCCAGCCACUGCUGAGACAGACUGAGCAAGCUCUGAGCAGGGUGUUUGGUUUUGUUUUUUUGUUUGUUUUUUUUUUUUUUUAAAUUUCAUACCUUUGUCCCUGGCUCCUCACCCCAGCUUUUUCAGCUGCAACAUUUAAUAACUAGUGCGACUGCUUCCUCAACAUCCCGGCUGAGAGGGAGAGUCCUGCUGUGAAUCUGUCUAAGUGCCCCGAUCUAUCAGUCGUGAAUCAGCAUCAGCUCACCUACCUGAUGGGGGAAAGUAAAAGCGUUUCUGGAUCAGGAAAGUGGUGGAAUGCCAGCCGCAUGUCAUCUUUUGAAUAUCUGACAAAAAAGUAGAAUUUGACUCAAAAAGGGGCUUGUUGCAGCUCUGGGGGUCAUCAGUGCUAAUACUGAACCGUAUACAGCGCCACCACUUAUAUUGAUAUUUGAGCAUUACAAAAAUCCAAUAUCCAAUAACAACGGAUAUAUAUUCCUUUUUUUUUUUACCUAAAUACAUCCCAUAAACAAACCUUUUUGAUAAGCGUCCUAUUAUUUUUUUUUUCUCUUAAGAAGUGUGAGCGAGAUGUUAUAUUGAGCAGGACGUUUCAAAGUGGAAAAAUAAACUUGUUAGUGCUCUCUGGUGAACAGACAAUGUAAUGGAGACAUUGUUUUUUUCAUUAUCUCAAACAUAUCUGAUGAUUUUUGUACUGAGAUCUCUUGUUAAUUGUCUACUGAUGUAUACACACAGUAUAGCUUUAAUAAGUUGCUACUGGCCAAAUGUUUUGGUAUCACUCUAAUAUACAAUCACACUGUGCUGCCUCGAAGCCUCCACCAGCAACUGUAGGAUCACAUGAGUGAUAGAGAAAGUCCUUUUCCUUCUACUGUCGUACAGAGUCGACCCAUAAGGUAGUAGAAUUGGAAAAUACUGCACAGACUGUAGUUCUUGUUUGGUUAACUGAAGCUCUCAGGGCUUUAUGGUUUGAGAUCUACUGAACUUUGUUUUAGAUUCACAAGAAUCCUCUUCAGAGGGUAAGGCUGGCAUUAUUCAGUAUUUUUGUUAUUGUCAACAAAUCCCAUAAAAAGACUCAAAACGACUGACUUCCUUACCCUGUCUGUGGCCUUAGCCCCGAGUCAAUUGGUUCCCACUGUGUACAGAUUUAUUCUUUCAAAACACCUCACGAAUAUAUAGUUUAAAAAAACAAAACAGAACCUUCUUAAAACAGCUGCUCAAUGUAGUUUUUAUUAAACAAACAGGAAGAAAGAGUAAACUUGUUGGGGACUAUUUUCAGCGGUGGAUUAAUCCACAUUCGGAGCUCUAGUGAAAAUUUGAGGCAGCGGGAAGGUGUGUGUGCGUGACUGAGUCAGAAUAAACUACAGUGUGUCUGUGUGUUCACGGCGAUGAAGGAACAUGUCACCCAGUGCAACGGUGUGGCUCACUGAUGUGAUUCUAUUAGUUUCUUGACAACAAGGGAGCUCUAUGACAGAGACAUAAGAUAUCACACAAUAUUCGUGAGUAGGAUCAGUUCAUUG